AACUCGUAUAACUUGCACUCCACCGUUUGACUCACACGUCGCUGUCGUUUGCUGGGUUGCCGGAAAGUAUGGAACUCGUGAGGUUGGACUUAUACACCGAAACACAAGCAGUAUGCUAAUGGGAUAAAGCGAAAAAAUCGUCAAGAACGGCUGUACUAAUUGUGAUGGAACUGUGAUCUACAACGGAUAUUUUUGCCACAUUGUUGAAAAACGCAUUGAUUUGUAGUCAUAAUAAAUUAGAAAAAAAUGGCAUGGACUAAAUAUCAAAUGAUAUUGGCAUUUACAUUGGUUAUCACAGGAUCAAUAAACACCCUAAGUACAAAAUGGGCAGAUUUUAUCGAAUCCGAGAGUUCAGAUGGACAGGUACGUCAAUUUGAGCAUCCAUUCGUUCAAGCCUGGGCAAUGUUUCUAGGAGAAUUUCUUUGUCUACUGACCUUCAAGGCAUUUUACUAUUAUCUUCGUAGGAAAAAUGAUGGUUCGGAGGAUCGCGAUGAGCUUGUGAAAGGAAACAGAGAAUUCAAUCCUUUUAUACUAUUCAUUCCGGCUAUGUGCGAUAUGAUUGCAACUUCUAUUAUGUAUGUUGGUUUAAACCUUACGUAUGCAUCAAGUUUCCAAAUGCUGCGAGGAUCUGUUAUUAUUUUCGUUGGUAUCUUAAGCGUAGCAUUCUUGAACCGAACACUUGCUACUAGAGAGUGGACGGGCAUUCUUCUCAUAAUCGUCGGUCUAGCUGUUGUGGGACUGUCUGAUUUUAUAUCAAACGAUGGCGAUAGUAGCACUUACAGUAGGAAUAAUGUAAUAACUGGAGAUUUACUGAUAAUUUUGGCGCAAAUUAUCACUGCUGUGCAAAUGGUUUACGAGGAACGUUAUGUUGCAGGGCUAGAUAUUCCUGCACUACAAGCCGUUGGAUGGGAAGGUUUUUUUGGAUUUAGCAUCCUUGGUGUUCUGCUUGUACCUAUGUAUUUUAUAACAACAUUUCCACCGUUCAAUCACAAUGCUCGUGGAGUUCUUGAAGAUUUACCAGAUGCACUAGUGCAAAUGAAAAAUAACUAUCAGUUAAUCCUGGCAAUUAUUGGAACUAUUGUGUCAAUAGCGUUCUUCAACUUUGCAGGCAUAAGUGUUACUAAAGAAAUUUCAGCAACGACACGUAUGGUUUUAGACUCAGUGCGAACCUUGGUUAUUUGGGCAAUUUCAUUGUUGCUGUCUUGGCAAAAGUUCCAUUAUCUGCAGAUUUUUGGAUUCGCCGGAUUGCUGUUUGGUAUGUGUUUAUACAAUAAUAUUAUCAUAAUACAAAUGUACGACCGACUCCAUAAUGCCUAUCUGAGACGACGAGAUAACAAUGAUGGUCAGAAUGAAGUUAUCAUUAAUAGACGUGCGGAUGAACCGGAUUGUUAAAGCAACAUGAUAUAAUAAGUCAUCUGAAACAACAAAUUCUCAAGUAUGCGAAUGUAAAAUUGGCAAAGUAAAAACAAGGAUUGGAAAAAAUAGAUUCGAAUCGAACUGCAAAAAGGUUUGAAAAAAGUUAAUAAAAGAAUUGAAUAUAUUACUCGAAA